AUGGCCUCUUCUACAAUUCAAACCCUAACCACAACCUUCCCAAUAAAAGAGAUUUUUGCCCUCCACUUCCUUCAUUCUCUCUCAAAGCUAAGAAGACAAAAAUCCUUCACCGGUAAAACUAGCGAGCGAGCGAGGAAGAUCAAGAUUGCAGCUUACAUUUCCAUGGCCAGAGCCACCGGAGGAACUAGCCGGAGAUGGAGUAGAGCCAUCUUGUGGAGGCUCCAUCGUCGAGCCAAAGCCAGAAAGAUCCUUGGAUAUACAAAACUGAAGAAGAGAUCAUCAGGUGCUGAUGUAGGAAGAAUACGGCGGAGGAGGAAAGACGCGGAGGAGGAUAGGCUGAGAACAGUCGUGCCGGGAGGUGGAGAUAUGGAGACGUUGAGGCUGAUGAUGGAAACAGCUCAUUACAUCAAGUGUCUUACCAUGCAAGUUAACGUCAUGCAAAGCAUCGUUGAUGCCCUAUCCUCCGCGUGA